UGGUGAAUAUUUCAACAGGUUUGCUGCCAUUGUCACUAUUGAACUUGCCACAUCUCUCAAGUUUAUUCCUUGAUAACAAUCAACUUGUUGGUCCCCUUCCGAGUCACGUAAGUGGUUUGAAUCUAAUUGCUCUCUUUUUAAGUUCAAAUUCCCUAAAUGGAACACUGCCCUCUUGGUUGUUCAAUUUGCCAUCUUUGGAGAUGUUAAGCCUUAGUGAUAAUGAAUUCAUUGGUGAGAUUGGUGAAUUUAAGUACAAUUCAUUGGACUAUCUUGAUUUGGGUAAUAAUAAGCUACAGGGCUCCAUACCUAGGUCAAUUUCUAGACUUGUGAACCUUACUUAUCUUUCUCUCUCAUCAACUAAAUUCAGUACUAUGUUAGAGUUUGAAAUGUUUUCAGAGCUCAAAAAUCUCCAAUAUCUUGAUUUUUCACAUAACUUACUUAGCAUGAACAAUGUAACUUUUACCUUGCCCAAUCUUUGGUACUUGAACUUGUCUUCUUCCAACAUUAGUGAAUUCCCAAUUUUCUUAAAAACAGCAACAAAUUUAGAAUCCUUAGACCUUUCCAAUAACAGAAUUUAUGGUCAAGUUCCAAGAUGGUUGGGGGAUGCGGAGAGAAAUUCAUUAUAUUAUGUUGAUCUUCGGGCCAACUUGCUUCAAGGACCAUUACCCACAUUAAAUUCUCUUUUCCUUCGAUAUUUCUUUGUCUCCAAUAACAGCUUUACUGGAGAAAUCCCCCUUUCAAUUUGUAACGCAAGUUACCUUGAAGUUCUAGAUUUGUCUCAUAACAACUUAAGUGGCAUGAUUCCGAAGUGUUUGGCAAAUUUUAGUUUCCUCCCAGUGUUGGAUUUGCGAAUGAAUAACCUUUGUGGUACCAUCCCAGCCACAUUUGCUAAGGGAAAUAAUUUCAGGAAUAUUAACUUUAAUGGCAAUCAGUUAGAAGGGCAAUUGCCACGAUCUUUAGCAAAUUGUAGGAACUUGGAAGUUCUAGAUCUUGGAAACAAUAAGAUAAAUGGAACCUUCCCUUAUUGGUUGGAAAGUCUUCUGAAAUUGCAGGUUCUUGUCUUAAGAUCAAAUAGAUUUGAAGGUCGUAUAUGCAAUCCUAAAACCAAAUUUCCUUUCCCAAAUUUGCGAAUCAUAGACAUCUCCAACAAUCAGUUUAAUGGUUCUUUGCCAAGAAAAUAUUUCAAAUAUUUGAAAGGCAUGAUGAAUGUGGAUGAAAGUGAAGUUGGAUUGAAAUAUAUGGGAGACUAUUAUUAUCAGGAUUCUUUGAAUGUGAUGAUGAAAGGGUCGUAUAUUGAGUUGGUGAGAAUCCAAACUGUCUUCACAACCAUUGAUUUUUCAAACAAUAGAUUCAUAGGGGAGAUGCCUAAGAUACUUGGAAGGCUUAAAUCACUCAAGGGGCUCAACUUUUCUCACAAUAACCUUACAGGUUAUAUUCCUUCAUCGUUUGGAAAUUUGACCAAUCUUGAAUGGUUAGAUCUCUCUUUCAACAAGCUUAGCGGGGAGAUUCCCACCCAAUUGGCAGAGCUACCGUGGCUUGAAGUUUUAGAUCUAUCACAUAACCAACUUACAGGACGUAUACCUUUAGGAAAGCAGUUCAAUACAUUUGAUAAUGAUUCAUACAUGGAAAAUUUGGGAUUAUGUGGAUUUCCAUUGUCUAGAACAUGCAACAAUGAGAUGAAGCAACCAACACCAUCAAACUUACAAAAAGAAGAUAAUUUAGAGCCUGAAAAUGGGUUUGGUUGGCAAGCUGUAUCGAUAGGUUAUGGAUGUGGAGUGAUAUUUGGAACAUUGAUGGGAUAUCUUAUGUUCAAAACUGGAAAACCAAAGUGGAUUGUGAGGAUGGUCAUAUCAGAGCAACAGAUCGUGCUCAGAAGGCUGAAGAAUAAUGCCCACCGAUGUGGUGGAAGAAAUAUCUAGUCAAAACAAUUGGUGGGUAGUUUUGCUAUAAACAGACUACGAAUCAAACUCAAACAACAAAGCCCAGUAGAAAAAAGCGGAGCUCUCCAACUCCUUCCAUGUGUCAAAAUUGGGAUGAAGCUUCUCAUUGUACUUGCUAUCUUCAUCAUCCUUUGUUCACUGUCUUCAUUUUUCAAACAAUGAAAACAACACAUUGGUGAUGAGGAGAAUAUCACCCUUCUUUCACGGUCCCCCGGGCCACAGGAUACCAUUCUUUGCCAAGGUAUUCUCCUUCUUUACUUACAUCUUUGGGUGCCUUUGUCACUUUCUUCUCUCUCUUUAAACACAAAGGCUCAUUCACGCUGCUGAGCUUCGUAAUUAUUAUUUAUAAAAUAAGUAUUUGAUUUGUUUUAUUUAUUUUUUUAAGGCAGCUGGUUGGUGUUGUCACUUUUGAAAUAAUUGGUUGGUGCCUCUGAUGUUUCUGAACAUAUCAAUAACCUUUGUGCUCUUGAAUAGUUCAAGACCUCCGUAUAUGGACAGUUCAACUCAUAGAGACCAAAAUGCUUUAGAUAUAUCAAGGCUAGCUGAAUCAUAUAAUGCUCAAUGUGGUAAAAUCUGGAAAGGUCGUGUUAAUCUAAAGUUUCAGCUUGAACACUUACAGGUACAUGUUGGAUUGUAAGGCAAAAAGAAAAGAGCCGGGCAUAAUAAGUUUCGUCAUAAGACUACUCAUGCAGCUUGUUGCUGCAAAUUUGGGAGUGGUUGCGAAAGGAAGAUGAUUUGCAGUUGAAAUAAUUGGGAUUACUAUUAGUUUGAUCGU